UACUGACUUAUCAGGCACGUAGCUGAAUACUACAGUCUAUAGGCUGGUACGAGUCGGCGUACAGGAUGACCUCGCUGCUCGGCAACCCAAUAGCGAGUCCGGUCGCGGCCAUCAACGGCACAAGGCGGGGGCCGCGGGCAGAUGGUCCGGCCACCGUGCUCGCCAUCGGGACGGCGAACCCGCCGAACUGCGUGAAGCAGGAGGACUACGCCGACUACUACUUCCGCGUCACCAAGAGCGAGCAUCUCGUUAACCUUAAAGCCAAGCUCCGAAGAAUCUGCGAAAAAUCGGCGAUCAAGAAACGCUACUUCCACCACACGGAGGAGCUGCUGGACAGCCACCCCGAGUUCACCGACCGCAGGUUUCCAUCCCUGGACGCGCGGCAGGACAUCGUGGCCACCGCCGUCCCCGAGCUCACCGCGGCCGCCGCGGCGGAGGCCAUCGCCGAGUGGGGCCGUCCGGCGACGGAAAUCACCCACCUCGUCGUCAGCACCUACUCCGGCGCCCACAUGCCCGGCACCGACUUCCACCUCGCGUCGCUGCUCGGCCUGCGCCCCACCGUGCGCCGCACCAUGCUCUACAUGAACGGCUGCUCCAGCGCCUCCGCCGCGCUCCGCGUCGCCAAGGACAUCGCCGAGAACAACCGCGGCGCGCGCGUCCUCGUGGCCUGCGCCGAGCUCACGCUCAUCCUCUUCCGCGCGCCCCACGAGGCCCAGGCCGACACCCUCAUCAUGCAGGCCCUGUUCGGCGACGGCGCGGGCGCCGUCGUUGUCGGAGCCGAUCCUGUCUCCGUCGAGCAGCCGGACUUUGAGAUGGUGUCCGCUUCACAGGCCAUGAUACCGGAGAGCAAGGACAUGGCCAAAGGCCGGCUCCGCGAGGACGGUCUCCUCUUCCUCCCUUCCAGGGAGAUGCCGUCGCUGGUGCGUGAGAACAUCGAGCGAUGUGUGGUUAAUGCGCUCUCGCCCCUCGACAUUAGCGGCGGCUGGAACGACCUCUUCUGGGCGGUGCAUCCGGGUGGCCGCGCGAUCUUGGACAGCGUCGAGGCGGGGCUCGGGUUGGACCCCCGGAAGCUGGAAGCAAGCCGCCAUGUUCUGAGGGAGUACGGGAACAUGUCCGGGCCGUCGGUGAUCUUCGUGCUCGAUGAGCUCCGCCGCCAGCAAGAGGAGAAUGGGAUGGGCGUCAUGGUGGGGAUCGGACCGGGAAUCUCUGUCGAGACCAUGGUGUUACGAGCCACGGGUAGCCAGAAGAAGAUUUAGAACCGGCCGGUGCCUUAAUUAAUGCGUCUCUCUCUACGUUGUGCACUUAAAAUUUGCAUUUGCAUGUUAUUGUUAACUUAUGCAUGAACAUCGUGUACUCCUCCUCCCUUGUUUAUAUAAA